GUACCAUCUGACAAGCUGGAAGGCAACCGUGAUGUCCUAAUGAAUGAUGCUGUACUAUCUGACAAUGGAUUGGAAACCAACAUUGAUGUCAUAAUGAUGGAUCUGGAGGAGCGGGACCAAAUUGUUGAGGUUAAAGUUACUGUGAGAGACGCUAGUGAAUAUGAGAAUGGGACCAUUAAGAUAACAUAUGCAACAGCAGAGUCAGCUAAAUUGGCUUCAAGUGCUGUUAAAAGGAUUAUUGGUGGUCGGCUCUUUGACGUCAGAAGAGCGACUCUCAGGACUCAAGAGGGUUGCUCUGCUAUACUAGCCAAGACUUGUUCUCAAAUGGAGGGCCCUUAUGUAAAAUACGUGAAAGCACAAUUCAAUAAACCUGUUUUUCUUGUAGGACCAGUAGUCCCUGAUCCACCUUCUGGUAAAUUGGAAGAGAGGUGGUCUAGUUGGUUAAACAAGUUUGAAGCUGGAAUAGUCAUUUACUGUUCUUUUGGAAGUGAAACUUUCUUGAAGGAUGAACAGAUCAAAGAACUGGCUUUAGGUCUGGAGCAAACUGGGCUAUCUUUCUUUCUGGUCCUAAAUUUUCCUGCCAAUGAUGAUCUCUCAGUCGAGUUAAACCGAGCUUUACCAGAAGGGUUUCUAGAAAGACUCGUCAUUUCCUCUUACUAA